AUGGCUGAGGCUAUUGGAGUUGAUGUUAAUAAGAUUCUGUUUGUUACUGUUAACACCGAAAAAUGCGACAUGACAAAGUUGCUCGGCGGCCAGAUCAUGUUUGGCGACUUCCUCUACUGCCACGUGUCGGCUCCUACGACCACCGUCAUCAAUGUCCAGAAGGUCUCUCAAAUGUUUGGCCUUACCAUUACUGACAACGGGAACGGCCAAGCUUUUGUCAAGGGAAAACGAGCUGGAAGUGUGGUAGAACACAACGAUGAUAUUCUACCCGGUGAUGCGAUUCUUUCCAUCAAUGGCGAAGUUAUGAUCGGAAAACGACAUAUCGAUGUUGCAAGAAAGCUACGAGAUGUUGAAAUAGGUAGCAUGGUCGAAUUUGUGCUCCAGCCUCCAGUCCGCGGUUUCAACAUGGUCGGUGGACGCUCCAAAGCGAAAGUUUCUGGCGACAUCAACAAGGGCGGUAUGACGGUUAGAAUCAAGGCCAACGGAGACGCCGAAGUUGUAGAAGGAGACAAACCCUGCAAAACCUCAGCAAUUGAAAUCAUCGAUCAAAUGCUGGAAGAGUACGUUGGGAUCAGAGAUCGAGAGCUUUCCUUGUCCAUUUAUGAAAGUGGAACGAAGUCCUCUGAUUCUGGGACUUUCCUCGAUACAGUUACUAGUUCAUAUCCAAUGUUCGCCUUCACCGAUCAGUUCAUACUCGAUGUUUGGAACAUUAUCUCCGAUGCCGAAUCUGGAGUCAUGCCAAAGAAGCCAGCAUAA